GAUUUUUGAGAUUUUUCAGAAGGUAUACUGUGACAACUUCAUUCAAUCAAUAGCUUAAGAGAAUCUGUUGCUUGAAUAAAGAAAAAAAGGGAAAAGGGGAUUCUUAAAUAAUGUCUCACAUUUUCAAGUCAAAAUGAUCUCUGUGUGUUUUAAAUAUGAGAAAUAUUGAUUGAUUCAGUUUCUGCAUAAGUCUAAAGUAAUGUCUUUAUAUAAGUUAAAAGCACAAUUUUAUUAACUUUUUUUCCUCUCUAAUAGGGUAUUCAAUACUUCAAGCUAUAAUGGAAAAAGCAGGACAAAAUGGAUGGCAUGUCAGUGCAAUAUGUGUGGAAAAUUUUAAUGAUGUCAGCUACAGGCAACUGCUAGAAGAGCUUGACAGAAGACAAGAGAAGAAAUUUGUGAUAGAUUGUGAGAUAGAGAGGCUUCAAAACAUUUUAGAACAAAUUGUGAGUGUUGGGAAGCAUGUCAAAGGCUACCAUUAUAUCAUCGCAAAUUUGGGUUUCAAGGAUAUUUCUCUUGAGAGAUUUAUACAUGGAGGAGCAAAUGUAACAGGAUUCCAGUUGGUAGAUUUUAAUACACCCAUGGUAACCAAACUAAUGGAUCGGUGGAAGAAACUAGAUCAGAGAGAAUAUCCAGGUUCUGAAACACCUCCAAAGUACACCUCUGCUCUCACUUAUGAUGGAGUCCUGGUGAUGGCUGAAACUUUCCGAAGUCUCAGAAGACAGAAAAUUGAUAUUUCAAGGAGAGGAAAUGCUGGGGACUGUCUGGCAAACCCUGCUGCUCCCUGGGGCCAGGGAAUUGACAUGGAGAGAACACUGAAGCAGGUUCGAAUUCAAGGGCUGACUGGGAAUGUUCAAUUUGACCAUUAUGGACGUAGAGUUAAUUACACAAUGGAUGUGUUUGAACUAAAAAGCACAGGACCUCGAAAGGUUGGCUACUGGAAUGAUAUGGAUAAAUUAGUCCUGAUUCAAGAUGUGCCUACACUUGGCAAUGACACAGCAGCUAUUGAGAACAGAACAGUGGUUGUAACCACAAUUAUGGAAUCUCCCUAUGUUAUGUACAAGAAAAAUCAUGAAAUGUUUGAAGGAAAUGACAAGUACGAAGGCUACUGUGUAGAUCUGGCAUCGGAAAUUGCAAAACAUAUUGGUAUCAAAUAUAAAAUUGCCAUUGUUCCUGAUGGAAAAUAUGGAGCAAGGGAUGCAGACACUAAGAUCUGGAAUGGGAUGGUAGGAGAGCUUGUGUAUGGGAAAGCAGAGAUUGCUAUCGCACCUCUGACAAUCACAUUGGUUCGAGAGGAAGUCAUCGAUUUUUCUAAACCUUUUAUGAGUUUAGGCAUCUCUAUCAUGAUCAAAAAACCUCAGAAAUCUAAACCAGGAGUCUUUUCCUUCUUGGACCCUCUGGCCUAUGAGAUCUGGAUGUGCAUAGUGUUUGCAUACAUUGGUGUCAGUGUGGUCUUGUUCCUAGUCAGUAGGUUUAGCCCAUAUGAGUGGCACACAGAAGAACCUGAGGAUGGGAAGGAAGGACCCAGUGACCAGCCUCCCAAUGAAUUUGGCAUCUUUAACAGCCUCUGGUUUUCCCUGGGUGCCUUUAUGCAACAAGGAUGUGACAUUUCACCCAGAUCCCUGUCAGGUCGGAUUGUUGGAGGCGUGUGGUGGUUCUUCACACUCAUCAUUAUAUCGUCCUACACUGCUAAUCUGGCUGCAUUCCUUACGGUGGAGAGAAUGGUCUCCCCCAUAGAAAGUGCAGAAGACCUGGCCAAACAAACAGAAAUUGCCUAUGGAACACUUGAUUCUGGGUCAACAAAAGAAUUCUUCAGAAGAUCAAAAAUAGCAGUGUAUGAAAAGAUGUGGACCUACAUGCGAUCGGCAGAGCCGUCUGUGUUCACUAGAACUACAGCUGAGGGCGUGGCUCGUGUCCGCAAGUCCAAGGGCAAAUUUGCCUUUCUCCUGGAGUCCACGAUGAAUGAAUACAUUGAGCAGCGAAAGCCCUGUGACACGAUGAAAGUGGGAGGAAACCUGGAUUCCAAAGGCUAUGGUGUAGCAACGCCCAAGGGUUCCUCAUUAAGGAGGAGGACAGAGGAGAACUAACCAGCUUCAGGAUUAAGGUAAGAGGGGAGUUUUCUUUCAAAAGAAUGGGUUCCAUCCAUUUGAAGGAAACCCCUCCCCCACCUAUUUGUUAAUCCUUUUUUCUUUAUACAUUUAUAUUUUUUAACCCACCAGCAUUAGGAAACCAGCUUGCUACCAAUGCAUAGUAGUUAUUUCAACAUCCACUUACAAAUUUUAUAACAGAAAUAAAGAAAAACAUUCACACAAGUCAUAACUGUUGUAUGCUAUUACAUUCAUUUUUUCCAUCCUCAUUAAAUAUUUGUACCAGUCUUCCAUUGACAUUUAAAUUCUUUAGCUGUUCAUUUCUCUGCAUAUGACUAUUUAUGAUAAUUUUUAAUCAAACCAUACUGGGUAAGAAAAUGCAAAAGUAUUAAACAAAACUUCAAAAUGUUUCUCAUAAAAUACAUUGUUAUCAAGCAAAAUUUUAAUAAAAAAUGGUGUUGUUAUAAAAUUAAUGUUUAAUUAUGAAAUAAAAUCAGACUAAACUUUCAAGCUGAGGCAAGAUAGAGAGUGAUUUUUUAAAAAUAUACUAUAUGGAAAAUACAGCAAGAUAAAUUAUAGGAAAGGAGCAUAUUUUUUAGCACAAUUUCUGGAUACUGAUUCACCAUUUCCUAUAGGCCUCUUGAUAUUUACUUCAAUUAUUUCUAUCAUACAUUCACAUUCUUUAUCCAUUCAUUCAAUUGUCUUUGAAGUCAUCAAAUAUUCCUCACCUUUGGUGUCUUCUUCAUGUUCUUUUUUAAUUCAAGAGUUCCCAAGGGAAGAUUCAAAGUUGUUUUCCUGACCUUCACAUGCAUGCUAUGGCACACAUGCCCUGCCCCCUCAACACCAUAUACUCACACACACAACAAAUUAAUACAAAGAACAGAAUUUCACUUUUGUCAUUUAAACUGAAUUAACAAUAAUUAAUGAGUACACAUUUGUACUGUAAAUGCCAUUAUCUUGAAGAUAAGCAGGUAAUGGACCAGAAAGACAAUGAUUCCUUUUACAAAUAUUUGUCAAAAUGUCCGGAUGAGCAGAAUUCAGGAUCUCAGAACCUGUGAAGAAAACUGAAUUUCUAAUUUAAGGGCCAGCUACCCUUGCUUACAGAGCUAUGAACAGAAGACAUUGUUUCAAGCAUGGUGGAAGAGGAGGCUCAUCACACAAACUUGUUCUUUAUCUCCACACACUGCACCACUAUACACCUGUAUUUGCAUAUACGAACACUUACACAAACAUCAUUCAGAGACAGAAAAUAUUUAAUUUAUAAAAAAGCUAAGAUAAGCAUAUUAUUACCUUUAUGUAGAGCAGUAUAAACUCAGUAUCUCUAAGAGCUAUGGAAUAGACUUAGAAAUCUUUGACCAGAAAUUCUUAUAUUCUUCCCUUUCUGAGCCUACUACAUAGCCCUGAACUCUGUGGAAAAUUCAGACACUGUCUUUCUUUCAUACUUUACUUCUCAAGUUUCUUUUUCUAUUUUUACUAUUCUCCCAGCCUAACCAAAAGGCAAUAAGAAAAUGAGACAAAAUCUAUUAACACAAGUAUUACUUUGUAUGAAUAAGCUCCAAACACUUGCCUACAGGUAAGGAACCUAAGAUCUUAACCUAGAGAGAGAAGUUGAAACUGUCCUUACCCAAACAUUUUAUGGAAAUUCUAAAUACUUGAAAAUGAAACUGAGCUAGACACAUAUAGUAAGCUAAAUAUAUGUAUACAAUAUGUAGAGAAAUAAAUUUUAAUGAAAUCAAAUGAGAUGUGCAGCUGGCAUUUAAUCUCUAUUGAUAGAUAUGGCAAUUAAUUUCUUGGUGAACAGUAUUAACUAUUCAAAAUAGUAAAUUUAGUUACAAUCGUCUUAUCUAAAGGUGUUUUACAGGCUAAAUGUAGCUAUAUGGAAAGUUAUUUGCAAAUGCACCUUAUCUAGAUCUUUCCUUUUAAAGUUUAAAUGGUAAUAUUAUAUUGUCCUUGAAAUUAAAACAUCAAUUGUAUCUGAUUUUAUCAGUGUUCUUUCCUACUGGAGAUACAAAGUACAUAAAAGAACCCUUUAGCUGGAAUCCCUAUGAAGCACCUUCUUAGAUUAUUUUGUUGAUAAAUUAUUUCACAUUAUUCUUAUAGAUAGGUUAAUAGUUCAGUGCUUUACUUGGGUGUGUAAUACCAGUUACUGAGUACCACAUAUAUGUCUUGUUUGACAUCUAAGAUAUAGCUUCUGCUCUCUGAACAAAUGGAACCUAAACACAUACUAUAUUAUACACAAACUUAUGAUGGAUGCAUUGUCUGUUGCACAUAAAAGUAUCUGAGAGAAGCCUUAUAAAGAGGCCCAGAGAAGCAGCAAAUAUUGGUUGAAUGACUAAGUAGUGAUUAUGGGCAAACAUAAGAUAUACAAAAUAUGAGAAAGGGUAAAAAAAAAUACUGAGUAAGGGCCUAUUGGAUUUGUAGUAAAUUCUAAACAAAAUACCUUUAGAGCUAUGAGGAAACUACCAUGGCUAAAGUCAGAGAGAAUGUGCAUAGAGCAUUGGUUUGUGUAGUAGAUAGAAUGUGUAGUAGUAGUAGAAUGUAGACUUUAGCAUUGAUUAGGUAUUGCCAAUGAGUAGCCUUCAGCUUCAGACCUGUCCUUUCUCACUUAAUAGAGUCAGUAUGACCAUAAGAUAAAAACGUUAUACUUUAAAGGCACACAUAGACCUUGAAUUUCAGAAAAGUUAAAAUAAAAUCUUGAGGUGAGUACAAAUCCUGACAGUUGUUUGUUGAUGUGCUAUUUUGUUACAGAGAACAGUUUAUUGUGGCUUUGGGUACUGAGAGAGGGAGGCAGCCAGUAGACCUGGAGCUAGGUGAUAAAAGCCAAUACUACAAAAACUGAAACAUAAAUUCAGGGGCCCUUUUCAGAAUAGCAGGUCUUAAAGAUGGUUGAAAAAGAAAAUGAAAAGAAGUGAAAAUUCAAAUAUU